UCAUGCAAAGGGGUUUGGAUUCACAAACUAAAAAACAACUCGAAGAGGAAGAAAGGAAGAUAAUUAGUGAAGAACACUGGUAUCUUGAUGUACCAGAUCUAAAGGAAAAAGAGAGCUGUAUCGUAGAAGAGAGAAGCUUUAUGCGAUGUGAGGAUCUCGUUUUUGGCAGAAUGUCCUUCAAAGGAUUCAAUCCAGAAAUUGAGAAGUUAAUGAUCCAAAUGAACUCUAGGUGCAAGGAAGAAAUUGAAGUGGAUGAUGGAAUGGAGGCUGAUGUGUCAGAUGAAGAAAUGGCCAGAAGAUACGAAACAUUAGUGGGAACAAUAGGGAAGAAAUUUUUGAGGAAAAGAGACCAGCGUGUACUCAAGGAUGAUGUUGAAGAUGACGAAGAUAAUGAAGUUGAAGAUGUGAAUAGUAACACAAGACCUAAGAAAAAAGCAAAGAAAAUGUUCUUAAAACCUCAGGAUUAAUGUCAACUGCACAAGUGGAGCUAAUAGAAAUGUUACCUAAUGUCUACCAAACACAGUACCACAAACUGGACAUUGUUUGGAGUUUUUGCUAUGUAACAUAAAAGGUGGAUUUUGUAAACCUUUUCUGUUCUCACUCAGAUUUGUACCAUCCACAUGACAGACAUUUUUCAAAGUGGAUGUGUAUGUAAUGGAUGCCAUACAUCCUUUCCUCUCUCAGCAGCUUUUAAUGUGUGGGACACUAAUCCCAUCAGUCUUUUUAAAAUGUUGUGCAUAACUAGAUCGAGUGUUGCAUGCAAUCAAGAGCAACAUUAUUUACAAUUUAUGAUAACAUCUGAAAGAAGUAUUUGGAGUGCAGACAAGCUGUGUCCAAUUCAGUAAGGCAGUUCAGCUUUCACUGCUUUCUUUAUUAUGAAAAUGAAACCUUUGCUGUCUUCAAAUUGAAAAAAGUCAGCACAAACAUUUUUUUUUUUACUGUGCUAAAAAUAAAAUGGG